CAUCAAAAAUCGGCUAUUUCUAGAGACGGAAGAGAAAGAGUCAGAAAAAGACGACGACUCAUCCUUUUUCUAGAGUACUGAUCGAUGGCGAGAGUUGCGGUUUUGGUUGCGGCGGCGGUGCUGGCUUUUCUGGCGGCUACGGAGGUGGCGGCGAAGAAGUGGACGGUGGGUGAUAACAAGUUCUGGAAUCCUAAUAUCAACUAUACCAUUUGGGCUCAGGACAAACAUUUCUACCUCGACGAUUGGCUCUAUUUUGUGUACGAGAGAAACCAAUACAACGUUAUAGAAGUGAACGAAACGAACUACAUAAGCUGCAAUCCUAAUAACCCGAUUGCUAAUUGGAGUCGUGGAGCUGGAAGGGACUUAGUUCAUCUUAAUGUGACAAGGCAUUACUAUCUGAUUAGUGGUAAUGGUGGUGGAUGUUACGGCGGUAUGAAGCUCGCUGUUUUAGUUGAGAAACCGCCUCCUCCACCAGCUGCAGCACCUAUCAAGAACAGUGCAACAAGAACCUUUACCCUCUCGGGUUUUGCCUAUCAGUUUGUUAUUCCGGUAGCUGUUUUCGCAGCAGUUGGGACAAUGUGGGACGCGGUACUGAGGUUGUGGUAACAAGUCUUUGAUUUCUUUUAAAGAGAAACGAUUGUUAUCGGUGAAAUCCGAGUCGAUUUAUAUCUUCGCAAAGUGAAGCUCUUUUUUAGUUUUAGUAGUACUCUUUUAUGUUGUGUUCUUGGAUCCUUUUUAGUCAUUCUACUCUGGGGUGUUUGUGUGUCUUUGGAGAUUGUUCAUGCUUUUGCUUUUGUUGGAGGGAAAAAUCAAUUGUUGAAUAAAAAAUUGUAAUUUAA